AUGGCGCGCACAUCUAGACCUCCAUCCCCUCAAGGUACUCCCCCCCGACCCCCAUCCCGCCAGUCUACGCGUAUCAUUACCCCCAUCCGCACAGAUCCUAAUUUCAUUCGGCCUAGCGGCGACUCUCGAAAAUCCCUCAAAGCACCACAAAUAUCCAAUCCUGGACCUGAACCACCCGUGGAAGUCAAUUCCGGCUCUGAAUCCAGUGCAAUUGUUGUUUCGAAGAGGACCCAACAACCUGCCUCUGCCUCCACUAGCCAAGCCCGACCAUCUGUCACUUCCAGAUCCCAAACAACUGACGCUUCAGCUUCAAAGGCCAAGAAGAGACGCCAGUGCUGA